AAUUACUUUUUUGGUUCGUUACUAUGGUAACAUAUGUGAAAGGGUUAAAUAUUAUCCAAGAUGGCGGCUGAGGUGAAUGCAGAAAUUACAGCUUGGGCUAACGUUAGACUGGCUGCUAGUAGGCAGUGUGUGGAGGACAUAGUGAUUGGAAUAAUGGAAGGAGAGGUCAUGAAGACACUACUAGAGCGAUUAACUGGUACACCAUCAAAAAGGAUUGGAUCAUUGAACAACCUGACUGACAACCAGAAAGUAACAAGAGUUGACUGGUUUCUGGACACACUGAAAUCAGAAGAUUUGAUUCCUUCUCUUAAUACCAGUUCUCUUUACUUUGCACGUCACUCAGUCAAUCACGUGUAUCCAGUAUUGUGGCACCUUAUAAGGAAAGACGUGGCCUUCUUGUACGAGAUUGCUCCUGUUUUCCAAUCAUCGUCAUCCUCAGCUCUCAAGAGUGUGUUAUCAAAACCAAUACCCUUUCAUCAUGGACCAUUUGAACUAAGUAACACUGCUCAUGAAUAUAAACCAUAUUACACCAGUUUCAAUGGAAGGAAUUCAACAUAUCUCAAUUCAAAAAGAGCUGGUGAGGGUAGAGUGAGAGGGACCGAGCACACACUGAGAGAAAUAAUCAACGCACAACUGGAGACUAUACCUGAAGGACGAAGAAUUGAAUUUUUAGAUUACGAUGAUGUAACAGACAGCAAGGUUUGGUGCUGUUUAAUAAAUUCAUUUGUACCAGGUACCUUUACAACUGAAGUAUUACUGAAUGACAGGUGGACCAUUGAUCUUGUGUUAAAAGUUGCUUCAAAAAUGUUUCGUGUGAACACAAAAUUAACUUCAAAAGAUCUUAAAGAGGGUAACCCCAUUGGUGCCUGUGCAGUACUUGCCUAUGUCUUCAUGUGUGGGUACCAACUGAAACAAGCAACAGCUCUCGUUAAGAGAAUGGAAGAGUUAAGGUCACAGAAGGACAAGAUCCAUCAUCAGUUGAGACGAAUUGAGUCAAUGGAUACUGUUGUAUCAUCAACUGAUAGGAAGAACAGCUCAGCUAGCUCCAGCAAGAAGGACAAGAAAAAAGGUCAAAGUAGCAAUAUUGAUCUGCAAGUUCAACUGGAAACUUGUGAUGAUGAAUUGAAAUGGUUGAUGAGUACUUAUUCCAUUGAUGAGUGCAGUAAGUGGGUGGAGCUUGUCAAAGAAGCUCAGACUGAGGCCCGAGGUCUUAUAAUGGAGAAGAUGAAGCAAAGGUUUGAUAUACUAACAGUACCACACAGUCGCAUGACAAUAAAUGAUCUAUGUGAAUCAAUGGUCAUUAACCUGGGUCUGACUAACGGUAACGGGUUCUAUGGAUCUGAUGUUAAGGAGACUCUCUGGCCCACUAGGAAACUAGUGGCUUAUAAGGACGCUACUGGUCAGUUUUUUGAUGAUUUCAGUGGAGCUGAGUGUCCAAAAGGGAGUAUCAGAGGACUGCUUGGUGUUCAUUUAACUGAUAAUAUUGAAAUAGCUAAUUAUGACUUUAAGGAUUACACACUUUACUUUGAGAGUACCUCCAGGAACAGAGUCUUGAAGAAAGGAUCAAAGUUCUUGUACCAGGUGUUCCCUGGUACCCCCGACCAGUGUGAGAGGCUAUUGAGGAAAUCAGCAAAAAAUGGGAACUUGGAAAUGCUACAAAAACUGGUGUCGUUUUUCAAAAGUGAGAGAGGAUUUAUAGAGAAUGUUGAUGAGUGUGGCAAUACUGCACUUCAUUUAGCAGCAAGGAAUGGACACCUGGAUUGUACCCAUUACCUGUUGGAGAGGGGCAGUUGUAUUAAUGCACAGAAUAAAUCAGGAGGGACUCCAUUCUCUGUUAGUGUUGAAGGACUCCACAAAGAGAUCAGUCAAUUAUUAAUAGAGUGGGGCGCUGAUAUACACAUAAGGAAUAUACAGAACAAAACUGCUCUUGAUAACGUGAGGAAUGAAGACUUGAAGAGAUUCCUGGAAGGUAAGCACAAGGAGCAGAGGACUAUAGUGAGGAGGAUUGCUCAGCAUAGAGACACUGAGUAUUUGCUAAUGGUCAUUGAAAAACACAUCACUGGAGUCAACCCAUUUAUUAGUCUAGCUAGCAGGUGUGUCAAUGGAUUGACUCUAUUGCAUUGUGCUGCUCAAUUAGGAUCAACUGAAGCUAUAAAGUUGUUAUUAUCUGAGCGUGUGGGUGUUAACGUGACCAGUAGUUCAGGUGCUGCUCCGUUGCAUUAUUCACGGGCUCCUCAUACCGUUGGGUUCCUCCUGGAUAAUGAUGCCUCAGUUAAUGCUGUUGAUUGUAAUGGGGACACACCUCUACACUGUAUAUGUAUGGACACGGACUGUACUGAAUAUAUGGAGAAGAAUAUUCAAUUAAUGCUAUCCUUCAGUGCUAAUCUACUGAUUGAGAAUGAUAACAGACUCACUCCUAUUCAUUGUGCAGCUGCUAACGGACACAUUAAAGCACUUGAACUGUUACUGUCCGAUACAAGGAAUCAACUGCCAGCUGCAUCUAUUAAUGGAGAGAGAAAUUUGAUUUACUUAUCAUUGAAGUAUGGACACUUGGAAUGUGCUGAAUGGUUGUUUGGUAAAGGUUGUGAGAUUGAAGAGGAUCAGCUGGUGGCAAUGUGUCAUUCAUUAUUUAACGACACUGAAGAAUACUAUAAAACCCCUCUUGAGGUAUUUCGGUUCCUAAUACAGAAAGGUCUUAAGGUUGACACCACAUUCUCUUCUGGUAAAAGUUUAUUGCAUCUCAGUGCUACCCUAAUCCACUUACCUGAACUAACUGACCUACUCAUUGCUGGAGGAGCUGAUGUCAACAUCACUGAUAAAGCCAAGAUGACCCCAUUGUUUUCUGCCUGUCAAGUUGAUAACUUUUAUGCUGCUAGUACACUACUGAAACAUGGAGCUGAUUACCAGUGCACUGAUGCCUAUGGACAGACUGCCUUUGAUUAUAUCAAGGAUCAUGAUGAGUGGGCGUACAGCGGUUUCUUUGAAGACACCAUUAAGACACAGUUGAAAGCUUACAGUUUAAAACAUGCAAAGUUGCUGGUUAAAAGUAUCACUGACAAGUUCAAGUCACACAAAAUACCGUUAUAAUAACAUUAUAAUAACAUUAUAAUAACAUUAUAAUAACAUUAUAAUAACAUUAUAAUACCAUUAUAAUACCAUUAUAAUACCAUUAUAAUAGAAUCAUACUGCAGUAACUGUUUCACAUACUAGACCUUUAGUU